UAACACAUGAAAGCACACGAGAUGACAGCUUUACCGCAAAGACAGCACUUUAAAGAAAUUUUCUGGGGACCUCAGUUUGAAAACACCUGAAUUAAAUGAAAGUAAUCUCUCAGUAUUAUUUACAUCUCUCGUCAUAUAGGACCUUUAUAAUAAAUGGACACCAAUAUGGCAAGUGUACAGGAGAGUAACCCAGAAUGUUCAAACAAUGAAAAUGAAUCUGCAGUAAAUGCAAACGAGAAGGUACAAACUGAAACAUUGUCUAAAAGGCAAAGGAAGAGACUUCUCAAGAAUCAACAGUGGGAAGAACAGAGAGAACUUCGCAAACAGAAGCGGAAAGAGAGAAAACAGCAGCGUAAGCUUGAGAGACAAGCGCAGACUGAAGAUAAUGCCGAGUGCACAGGAAAGAAGCGUAUGUGCAGAUCUGCAGAGCCCAGCUCUCUUAGACUGGUCAUUGACUGCAGCUUUGAUAACCUCAUGGAGAUCAAGGAUGUCAAGAAACUUCACAAGCAGAUUCAGAGGUGCUACGCUGAGAACAGACGAACCCAACAUCCUGUACAGUUUUACCUUACAAGCCACGGAGGUCAGUUAAAGCAAAUCAUGGAUGAAAUUAACAAAGGAUGGGUGAACUGGAAGGAUGUUCAUGUUGAGGCUGACCCGUUUCAUAAAAUCAUGAGCAAGGAGGACCUUGUCUACCUCACCUCUGAUUCACCCAAUGUGCUGCAAGAGCUGGAUGAAUCCAAAGCUUAUGUGAUCGGCGGCCUUGUGGACCACAACCACCAUAAGGGAAUCACAUUUGGCCUGGCCAAAGAGCUUGGCAUUGCCCAUGCUCAGCUUCCAUUGGGCAGUUUCGUCAAGAUGAAUAGCCGCAAGGUGCUGGCAGUAAAUCAUGUUUUUGAGAUCAUCCUGGCAUUCCUGGAAAAACGAGACUGGCAGGAAGCGUUCUUUACUGUUCUCCCACAGAGGAAGGGUGCUAUACCAGUUGGCCAAAAGAACAAGCCAGGACAGGGCAAUGACGAGGAAGAAGAUGACUCUGAUCAAGAUUCGGACACAAGCAAUGUUAUUUCAGAUAAGAAAACUGAGCAACCCAAUAGCAAACAAGAAGACGACAAAUCUUCGCUAAAGCUGUCAGAUUCCAGCGAGCAAAAUGCAGCAUAGAGGGACAAUACAUAUUUAUGCUGCCUAAUUAUUAUAUCAUUUUUUUUGCAUUUUUUUAUCAGUUCAGUUUUUAAGCUUAAUUAUAUCUUGAUUAUUUUUGAAAGUCUUUAAGCAAAGGUUUUGGCUGGAUAUUUCCGUUAAACAAAUUUGAUGAAGAAUGAUUCCUUUUUUAUCCUCAGCCAUUAUUCUCUUGACAUUGGGUGUUUAAACCUAGGAGGAUGGCCAAAUUUCAUACCACUGUUUCAUAUUAUCCAUUGUUGUUUUCAGAAAUCUGUUAAAAUUAAACUGGCUAAAGGUUUUGUUCAUGAAAAUGCUGUGUAAUCCGUAUUCCGAGUGUUAGCUGACAUUUGAGUUCAGUUGCAUAAAUUUCUGUCUUAGUUUGUACACCACCAUUUUUCAAUAUUUUACUAUGUUCUUACUUCAACUUAGACAAAUUAAUACAUACCUAUCUUUUUUCAAUGUGUGCACCUUAAUCUUUGUACAGCACGUCGUGAAUGUGUUAGCAUUUAGCCUAGCCCCAUUCAUUCCUUAGGAUCUAAACAGGGAUGAAUUUAGAAGCCACCAAACACUUCCAUGUUUUCAGUAUGGUGGCACAAAAUAAAACGCUUAGUCAAUUUUUUAUGCACUUAGUUUGUGGCACUCUAACCUUGGUGCGCAGUAACAUCAUCACCCUGACUACUCCCCCUUUCGCUCAAAUUUCCGUCAAUAUUACUGAGUGCAGAGGCUCUUCUGCCAUUCAAUAUAGUUCAAAUUUUUUAUCCCCUUAAAAAAAUCUGCACUUUUUAUUUUGUGCCACCAUACUUACUCAUGUAACUAACUACUCAUGUAACAGUCUGUAAAUAGGGAAAACAUGAAAGUGUUUGGUGGCUUCUAAAUUCAUCCCUGUCUGGAUCCUAAACUAAAUCCUAGGCUAAAUGCUGACACAUUAGAUGGUCCUACUCACAUUCACAACGCGCUAUACAAAGAUGAAGUGCACACAUUGAAAAAAAGAUAGAUAUGUAUUAAUUAGUCUACGUUGAGGUAAACAAGUAAAAAAACUGUGGUGUUUCCCUUUACCAUAUUUACGCGUCACUGGCCCAAACGUUUAAGAUAAUCUAAAAAUUAAGGCUUGUAAUAAAAGUUGCUUCUGCAUCCUUUCCUGUGGGAAAUUAAUGGUUUGUCAGUACUCGAUUGCUAGAUCUCCAAGCCUGGCCAGGUUAAUGUUAUAUAGUUCAGCUGUCCAAAAACCUGUCUAACCCAUGGUUUCACUAACAAGGCUUAAUGCUAGUCCUUGACUAAAACACAUGUUUGAGCUGUCUUAAGUGAAAAUAACUUGCACUGACAGAUCUUAAAAUAUGCCAGUUUGUCUUAAUACAACCCACUUACCCUAUUUUCUUAUGAAAGAUGCUUAAACAUUAACUAAAGCCUAGUCCUGCAUGGCUUUAGCCAAGCCUUGACUGUGAAACCAGGCCCAAAUCUAUCACUCCCCUUUUAAGUUACCUAGUUUUAAGUUAAUUUGCCCACAUUUUUUGGUAAAAAAUUCUACAUUUUAAUAAAUAUAGGAUAACUUUAAGGGAUAUUAUACUUGACAGAAAAGCAAUAGAAACGUUGAAAACUUAACUGUUUUGCAGCGGAGCAGAUUGGUGUCUGUGGACCAGCAGAUUCAAUUUGGACAAGAGGGCGGUUUCCUGGACAGGGUUUAGAUUAAUCCAGGCCUUAGUUUAUAUUAUGGUAUUUAGAGGCAGUAAACCAGGACAGGGAUUAGACUAGUCCUAGACUAAAAUAAAUGCAAGAGCUGUCCAAACUGAAAACAACUUGCACUGACAAAUCUUAAAAUAUAUCACCCUUAGGGCUGGUUUCCCAGACAGGGAUUAGCUUAAGCCAGAACUAGGCCUUAGUUUAAUUAUGAAAUAUAACUAGUUUUAACAAACAUGCAUUUUGAGGCAAAAGUGCACUGUUGUAUUUUAAGAUACAGCGGGGAAAAUACAUAUUUGACACAUCUGCAUUUUAUCAGUAAGGGGAUUUCUAAGUGGGCUAUUGACACAAAUUUUUCAUCAGAUGUAGCCAUCAAGCCAAAUAUUGAAUUCAUACCAAGAAAUCAGAACAUUUAAGUAUACAAGUUGAGUCAUAAUAAAAUAAAGUAAAAUGACACAGGGAAUAAGUAUUGAACAAGGUGCAAAAUGGCAUAGAAAGCCAGGAGAUCACCUGAAAUCUGUCAGUAUUGAGAGAGAAACCCUGCCCCCUAUCAGUACUAAUUGAUAUCAGCUCCUUUAGUCCUAAUUGGUGGCCUAUAAAGGCUUCUCAUUACCCAGGAGGCACACAGGAAAGA